CAUAGAACGCCUGACAAAAAUCGUACUUUCCACGUAUGACUUCUGUCACGCUGACAAGGCAUUUAUCGAUAUUUGUACCUCGGAAUGGGUGAUAUGGCUGUACCAGUUGGCUCCAGUGGAGUGGUUGAGUUGAGAUGCGCAGUUCAAUGUUAUGCCUGGGGUAAGAUUGGCCUUAAUAGUGCAGUUGCCCAGCUUGCUCAACAUAGUCCACCAUUUAAGCUUGAAGAGGACAAGCCCUAUUCUGAGUUUUGGAUGGGAACACAUCCAAAUGGACCAUCAACAGUGCUAGGUGGAGAAAAGGAGACGUUUUUGUCUGACUGGAUUGAUGCAAACUUAGAUGUUCUAGGACCCACUGUAAAAGAGACCUUUGAUGGCAAACUUCCAUUCCUGUUCAAAGUGUUAUCAGUCAACAAGGCGUUAUCAAUUCAAGCACAUCCAAACAAAUCUCAUGCAACUGUGCUUCAUAAAGAGAGACCUGAAAUAUACAAAGAUCCUAACCAUAAACCAGAGAUGGCCAUUGCUUUGACACCAUUUGAAGGCCUUUGUGGUUUUCGACCACUGACUGAAAUCCAGAAAUUUGUAAAUACAGUUCCAGAAUUUGCUGAAGUCAUUGGACAAGAUGCUGCCAAUGCCCUUGCAAGUGGUUCAGAUUCCCUAGCCCUGAAGAAAGCUUUCGCAGCUCUCAUGACAAGCAACCCAGAUAUUGUCUCUCAACAGCUUAAUCAACUCUUGGAGAGACUUAGAGAGAAGAAAUCUUCGGGUCAUGACAUCUCUGAUCAGUGCGGAGACUUAGUCUUGAGAUUGAACAGCCAAUUCCCAGGAGAUGUUGGUUGUUUUUGUAUUUAUUUUCUAAAUCAUAUUGUCCUUCAACCUGGUGAAGCAAUGUUUCUGGGUCCAAAUCUGCCCCAUGCAUACCUGGCAGGAGAUUGCAUGGAAUGUAUGGCAUGUAGUGACAAUGUUGUCCGGGCUGGACUGACACCAAAAUUUAAAGAUGUGGAGACCCUCUGUGAAAUGUUGGAUUACAAGUGCGGCACUAAAGAGGAAAACAUAUUUCCUUGUCACCCUGACCCAAGUGAUCCAUACGUCACAAUUUAUGAUCCCCCUGUACUGGACUUUGCUGUUGCUAGAAUUCAGAUUCCCACAAGCUGUCCACUAUAUAAGUUUCAAGCAUUAAAUGGACCAAGCAUAGCCUUGUUGAUAUCUGGUUCUGGUUGUAUAGAAAACACUGCAAACACUAUUCCUGCAACACGAGGAACUGUGCUAUUUAUUCCAGCAAACACAAGUUUUGAUUUCAAAUGUAAUGGCCAAGACACUGAAAUCUAUCGAGCUUUCUGUGUAGUGUGAGCUCUCACAAACAAUAAUCUAUCUGCCAUGGAAACUACACACUGGUAAUAAGCUAACCAAAGGGUUUUUCCAUUUUUUAUUUUUGUUUUAAUAAUUUUUUAAAGUUAUGUUUAAAUGGUAUCAACUUGAAACCUGUGCAUUAUAAAUUAACUUAUUACCUUCUCAGUGUAGGGGGACCAAGAAAGCUACAUAAAAUCUUGUAAACUUAACUUAACAAAAUAAUUAAUAAUAAUUCUUUUUUCAAUUUAGAAACCUUCAAAAAGGUCAUCAUUUAGGAUUUCCCACUGUUUGAGAAAAGAGCUAGAUAUAUAUAUAUAUUGAUAUUCAAAUUAUUUUAGAUAACUUUAAAUAGUGUAUUGUUGGCGCAAUAAAUUUAAUAAAAGGCAGGAAGUACAAGGA